AAGGAAAACACUCAAAUAGUAAUAGCAUUUCUUUCUUCUGCCUUUCUAUCCCCCACCAGCCGACGUGUUCAUACGUAGUUUAUUCGUAUUAUUUUAGAAUAUUUAAUUUAGACUUCCAAUUUAAAUCGGAAGGGCAGGUGAACUGAGAAAUUUAUUCAUCUCUUGCAUCCUUCUUUGGUUUUCUUACCAUUAAUUAUAGACAGAUAGUUAUCUUUAGUUAUGUAGGGAGGUAUCCUUUUAAAACACACAAAUUUGUAGAGUGCAGAGAGUCGCACAGAUUGGAAACCCUUACCGUUAGUAAGGGUCCCUUACGGAUAACCUGGGAAUGAACUGAAGUGGAACACUUCGUUUGGGUACGUAUUAAGUUGUGAUUCAGGAGGGAUAUUACAGUGAUCCUUGGCCAUGUUUCAAUACGCUUUCGAUGCCAUCAAGGUCAAUUUGCCUUUCAACAAAAAGUCCAACGUCGCGAAAGAUAGUUCCAGCGAUGAAGACGAAGAAGAUGGACAAGAUGGGGCGCCUACUGCAUACCCAAAAUAUAAGUCAAAGGUGAUGAGUCCUGGUUCCUCAAAUCUAAUCUCCAAGACAUUCGACCCUACAGCGGACUUGGGAGACGGCACAAAAGACCCCGCUGGUGACCAAGAGGACAAUGAUGAAGGUCGAGAAAGCGUCCAGUCGACAGGGUUUAUUACACGCCUGGAUGAAUCAAUGCCUAAAGGGGUCAUAGAUCGGACUUACUGUUUCGAUAUUAAAACAUUUUGCUCCAAGAAUCACAAUUUCCAACUCCACUCUAAAGUGGAUUUUGAAGCAUUUCGCAGCAACGCAUCUCCAGCAUGGGCUGUCACGUCGAUGAAAAUACAUGUCUCUAAAAAGGAGAUACAAGCGAAGGAAACAUGUCGCCAUAAGAUCCAGAUUAUGAAAGUUGUAAGUGUUGGAUAUGAUUGGAUUGACGCGGAAUGGGGGGACAAUAAAGUCCAGCGGUUGCCAAAAUUGAAGGACCUACUUCCGAAAUAUCAAAUAAAAUCUGGUGACUGGCUGAAAGUACAUUUUGAACAACUUUAUGAGGCAGCUGAGGCACAAGGAUUAUCCGGUGAUGAAACCUUGGGCAAGAUUAUUAGUAUUCAGCCAAGCCAACAAAAAACAAUUGUAGGAAAAAUAACUAAACGAGGGAACGAAUUUUGUGUGGAAGACUACAUCUACGUCACCCUUGAAGCAAUAAAGGGUGGCCGUCAAAUUCCUCUCAACACACUUGUGCGAUGCGUGGCUGUCGAAUCGACUCAAAAAUUGAAACAUGGAGAAUUUCAGUGGCGAGCUGUAGAAGUGUCUUUGUCUAAUUUUAUGCAGCAUUUGACAGAUAACCACAAUCGAGAUGACGAGGAACACUUUUGUCAUGAAAAUGUUGACAUUCGCUACCGUGAUUUAUACGACAACCGAGGCGGAAUCAAAAUCAAGCCAGAGGCCUAUGUCAAGUUUCAGCCGGCCAUCAUUGGAACUUGUGUUCAAAAGUCUGUUUCCGUGCAGAAUAUGUCGAACCGAAGUAUCACGCUUCAAUCGAUUGAAUUUCCUCACGAUAAUGCAAUUUGCAAGUUUGAGUUGGAAUUACCUCAACGGGAUCGUGACGUUAUCAGAGUUCUUGCACCGGAGGACAUGUACACUUUUAAGGUCAAUUGUACUCCACUUCAAAUGGGCAGAACAAAAGAAAUGGGCCUAUUUGACUUUGGCGAGUUCAAAAUUGCUCGUGACUUCAUCAUUACGGGAUUAACGGCUGACGAGGAGCUGCUCAACAAGGUCAAGAAGCCGGAACAUGGACACCGUGCACAAAGGUUCAGUAGAAUCCGUGGAGUGGAGCAAAUCAGUGCACUAAUGAACGAUAACCAUCGGACUCGAAUUCGUGGAACUGCACCAAUUCGCGCCCCAUUCUUUGUUCCCUCAAGAAUACCAAGCUAUUCCGUACCAACUGAAAUAUGGGACGCCUACAGGGAGCAAUCUGAAGAAAUUAUUAAGCAACACUAUGCCGGAGUUUUAAUGGCUUUAGAUAUCAACAAUUAUCAGACCAAAUUCCAAGUCAGCCUGUGGUUUGAAGAAGUUGACAACGAUAUACGAAGGCGCCAGUAUGAUUUGGGAGGGGUCAGAUUCAAGAGAGCUUCGGAUUACUACACGUUUAUUGCCCCUCAUAUUCAAGACAUACAACCUUCCGUGCUUAUUGGCGACCCAAUUGAUGCAUUUGAUCCUGAGGACCCCAAAGCUGUAAAAUAUCAAGGAUUUAUCAAAAAGAUUCACGGGACUGAGGUGUCUGUUGGAUUUAGCGAUGCUUUUAACGAGACUUAUGGGGGCGGACUUCUCAGUGUUAGAUUCUGCCAAGGAAGGAUGACCUAUAAAAGACAGCACUAUGCUGUCGAGUUGGCUCUUCAAAACCUCGGAGAAAUGUUUUUAUUUCCUUUCGGAUUUUCGCAAACGGAAGUUAAAAACCCACGGAUUCCAUUUUUUGAAGAUGAGGAUUCAUCAAACGAAACAGUCACUGAUGAAGUAACCGAGCCCGUUGUUUCUACAACACAACAUCAGGAGGAUUCAGUUGCUCCUGCCUUUGGAUUAUUUGCAAAACGACAAGAGCCAAAUGAAAUUAAGAAAGCUCCUAACGCUGUGGAUAAGACAAACAGAAGAGUUCAAAGUCUUCGAACACGAUUUGUCAGCGACGUUCCGACCACAAAUUUUCUCAAUGAUGUCAAGCUAAACUGGUUCAAUAAAAAUUUGAAUGAGGAACAGAAAAAUGCUGUGCGACGUGUUUUAAGAGGACAAGCCCGACCACUUCCAUAUAUUAUUUUUGGACCUCCAGGAACUGGAAAAACAGUAACUGUGGUUGAAGCUAUAAUGCAAGUAAAUAAGUUGGAUCCAAACAGCAGGAUUUUGGUUACUGCUCCCACCAACCACGCAGCGGACGUCAUAGCAGAGUGCUUGGUUAAAAGUGGACAAUACCAUCCUGGAGAAUUUAUCCGGUUUAAUGGAUUCCUCAGACAAGAGCAAGGCAUACUGGAUUCCAUCAAGGAGUAUUGCACUGAUGGCGAACUACUGGAUCAUGUUGCUAUAAGCCGCUUAAUUGUGUCAACAUGCGCCACGGCGGGCCAAUUUUUCAGUCUUAAAUUGACACCUGGCCAUUUCACGCAUGUGUUUAUUGACGAAGCUGGGUACUGCACCGAGCCUGAGACUAUGAUCUCUGCAGUGAACCUUGCUAUCGAUCGAGAAGGACAGUUGAUUAUUGCGGGGGAUCCUAAACAACUAGGACCCGUCCUUAUGAGUGACAUUGCUCAAAAUCUGGACUUGAAUCUUUCCUUUCUUGAGCGUUUGAUGAACGGCAAGAAAGGAAUGCAAAACAUUUAUGGGCGGAACCCAGAAAAAUUUGGACAAGAAAAUUGUGGGUAUAACACCCUAGUUUUGACUAAACUGGUCAAAAAUUACCGUGCUCACGAAUCCUUGCUCAAGCUUCCGUCUCAUCUAUUCUACGAUGAUGAUUUAGUAGCAUGUGCCUCACAGGAAGAGGCUUACAUGUUAACCCAAAAUCACACAAUUUCUCAGAAGAUUUUACUUUCCCAAGGGGUCCCUAUUGUCUUCCACGGAGUUCAGGGCACCAGCGUUCGUGAGCGCGACUCCCCUAGUUGGUACAACGCUGCUGAAGUUAUGCAAGUUGUAAAUUAUGUCCGAACCCUUAAGUCUUGUGGAGUCGAAAAUGAUGAUAUCGGAAUUAUUACGCCGUAUCGAAAGCAGGCGGAGAAACUGCGUCUUGCUAUGAAAAUGGGGCUGCUUGAAGAUGAGAUUCCAAAGGUGGGUUCUGUUGAAGAGUUCCAAGGGGGUGAACGUCAAGUGGUUAUCAUAUCCACUGUACGCUCCUUAUACGAAGAUAAGAUAAACUCGUGUGUCCAACAACUUGGGUUCAUUUAUAAUGAAAAAAGAUUCAACGUCGCAAUUACACGAGCAAAAUCUUUGAUGAUCGUCGUUGGAAAUCCUCACGUCCUUUGCAAAGACAAGCACUGGAAAAACCUUCUUCGUUAUUGCAUAGAAUUGCAAGCCUACAAAGGCUGCAACUUGCCAAUUGAAUUGGACGAGGUUACAAACAAGCUGUAUUACGAUUUUAAAAAUCAGGAGGGCAGCAGGGAUGUUCCUACCCUUCCUCCUGACAUGGCAACUUUGACAUACAACCCUGAUGGGUUGGACGAGGAUGACUUUAAGGAUGCGUUGCAAUUGAAUUAACGUUGAGACACGACUAUGUUAAAAUGUAAUCAAAUUUGUUGUUGAAUUCAUUGGUCCAUGUAAUGUUGAAAAUGUGAAAGAUGAUGAUGAGGAUGAUACCGUCAACAAUUUCCGGAUUUUUCAUAAUGUAAUUGACUUUCCAGAAUUUGUGUUUGUUGUUUGGCUAUUUGUGUAUGUAUAUAUAUGUAGGGUGGCACGAACACAGUGGCACAUUUGAAUAUCGUGAAUUAUUAUUAUAACAAUAUUUAGAAAUAGUAUGCUAGCUGAUCAAGGUAAUGAUUAGCUGGCCACUUUGAAAAACACAAAUUUACGACAAAACAUGCAGGAGAUGGAUUUGGGUAGUGUUGGACUGUAAAUGCAAGCAUUUAACAUCAUGCCAUUUACAGAUUUAAAAUCCUUAAUUUUAGAUAGUUUUAUGUAUUCUACACAAAUGUAGUAAAAAAAUUAUAGUGCGUCUUUUACCUAUAAACAAUGCUAAACUUAAUUUUUGUAGUUCUUUUUUUCAUGUCUUCUGGUACGUAUUUCAUCCAACGUAUUGUAAAUGAGUUCAGUUGCAUGAAUAUAUUUAUAUGUUAUGUUAUUUGAUGAUGCAGUUUAAUAAAAUCAAAAUGCAUUUAAAAAAUU